UCAAACUUCUCGAACUAUGAAUUAGCUCAAUUUACGAACCUGUUAAUACGCCAAAGUUUUUCAAGACAUUUUUUUAAACUUCACCGAAUUUUAUUGGAAAAUGCUAAUCACAAAGAGAAGUCUAAAAGUGGUUUAGAGACAUUUAUUUUCAACCGAUUCUCUUUACAACGCGUCAACUUGACGGGUUGUUAAUUUUUAAAGCGAGGUUAUCCGAAUCUGACCUAUCUAUGAUCCAAAUGCCUCUAAACACGGAGAAAAUUACUUAAAAAAUGUUACUUAAACACUUGUGCCUCGUCUCCUACUCGCGAUAUUGUUACCGAAAGCUGAAACUGGCCAGGACAUGUUCGGGGCUGUUUGCAAAAAGGGGCUAUUCUGAGCGCAAAGAAGCCCCCGAUUUUGCUCAAUUCCCUGUUGAACGGAUACGAAACUUCAGCAUAAUCGCCCAUGUCGAUCAUGGGAAAAGUACCCUGGCUGAUCGCUUAUUGGAACACACUGGGGCUAUUAAGCCGAACAGUGGGAACAACCAGGUGCUGGACAAGUUGCAGGUUGAAAGGGAACGAGGCAUUACAGUGAAGGCUCAAACUGCUUCACUUCUCUACGAGUACAAGAAUGAGCAGUAUUUGCUCAAUCUGAUUGAUACUCCGGGGCAUGUGGACUUUUCCAAUGAGGUAUCCAGAUCCCUGUCAGCAUGCCAAGGGGUGAUUCUUCUGGUGGAUUCCAAUGACGGAGUCCAAGCUCAAACAGUGGCAAACUUCUACUUGGCCUUUGGAAGCGAUUUGAUCAUUAUUCCAGUUCUGAAUAAAAUCGACCUGAAAAACGCCGAUCCCGAUCGAGUCACUAAACAGCUGGAGAGUCUGUUUGAUAUGGACCCCAAAGAGGUUUUACGGGUUUCCGCAAAACUCGGGAUAGGAAUGGACUCAGUGCUCGAAGCAAUAGUAACUCGGUUGCCGCCCCCAGAUGUAAACCGGGAAGCCCGAUUCAGGGCCUUUUUAUUCGACAGCUCCUUCGACCGAUACCGAGGCGUCUUAUCCAUGGUCUUGGUGAAGGACGGCCGCUUGAAAGUGGGGGAGAACAUACAGUCCUGCCACACUAAGAAGCAGUACGAAGUCAAAUCGCUGUCCCUACUAAGGCCGCAGGAAAUUGAAGUGAACGAGCUAGUCGCUGGGCAAAUAGGGCUGAUUGGCUGCAACAUGCGCUCCAGUCAAGAGGCUCACAUAGGAGACACCAUUCAUUUGUCCGGCCAGCAGGUUGAGGCGUUGCCCGGCUUCAGCCCAAUCAAGCCAAUGGUGUUUGCGGGCGUUUACCCGAUGGACCAAUCGCAGCAAAUCAAUCUGCGAAACGCUAUUGAAAAGCUCACGCUCAACGAUUCGGCAGUGAGCGUGGAACUUGAUAACAGUCCGGCACUGGGACAGGGUUGGCGUUUAGGUUUUCUAGGCUUGCUUCACCUCGAGGUGUUUUCGCAACGCCUCCAGCAGGAGUACGGUACGGAAGCCAUCCUAACAGCGCCUUCAGUGAUCUACAAAGUCAAGUUGCAGCCGACUAAACAGACCAUGAAAGACGGCAAAGAUGUUAUUUUCAUUAAUAAUCCUGCCGCUUGGCCCGAGCCGCAAAGAAUCCAGGAAUGCUUCGAACCCAUGGUGAUGGGCACCAUAAUCACGCCUGCCGCCUAUUUGGGGCCGGUGAUGUCCUUGUGCAUAGAGCGCCGAGGGGUGCAGAUAAGCGCCUCUAACAUAGACAACGACAGAAUUAUGCUGCAAUAUGAAUUACCUCUUUGUGAAAUAGUAAUUGACUUCCACGAUGUGCUGAAAAACAUCAGCUCGGGCUAUGCCAGCUUUGAUUACGAGGACAGAGGAUAUGCGAGCACCAAUGUGGUCAAGAUGUCAAUCCUUUUAAACGGCGUCGCAAUAGAAGAACUAAGCAGCAUCGUUCACUUAUCAAAGGCACAAACCAUUGGGAAAAGCAUGGCUUUGCGGCUAAAAGACAUAAUCCCCAGACAACUGGUUAACAUAGCGAUUCAGGCUUGUAUAGGGAGCAAAGUGUUGGCGCGACAGGACAUUAAGCCUUUUAGGAAAGAUGUGACGCAGUGGCUGUAUGGAGGUGAUGUAACGCGGCGAAAAAAGCUUCUAGCGCAACAAGCAGCGGGGAAGAAAAAAAUGAGAAUGAUCGCCAACAUAUCAGUACCGCGCGAUACGUUUAUCGAGGUGCUGAAGAGAUGAACAACUUGGCUGAUUUUUUUAUGAAGUGUAUUAAUUGCAAAACAAAAUUGUAUAUACAGGAUCAUCAGUAAA